CAUCAGAGGCGAGAGCAGGAGCUGCGAAGGCAACAAGAGUGUGAGCAGAGGUGGCCGGAGGCUCAGGCUGUGCAGAGGAAAGAGGAGAGGUGUAAAGAAGACAAAAGGGCUGUGGAGGAUGAACGGUUCGUAGCAGAUGGACAGAGGAAAUCGGAGAAGAAGCAGAAGGUGGAAGACAUGCAGCAAAACAGGAAGGUGCAUCGAACUCUCCCCAAAGAUCAGACACAGCUGCUGUCUCUCCAGCAUGACCACAAGCAGAAGAAGAAGGAGCCUUCCAAGAGUUCAAAUUCAGCUGUGCAUCCUCCACCAAGCAGCACAAGUAAAGAGGUCGAGGACCGGAAAAAGCAAAGUGACAGCAUCCAGCCUUCCCUCCAGUGGGCAGCGGCGCUGGGGCACGAAGCCAUGCCACGCGUCGGGACGGGGUCCGGCAGCAGUUCCAGCCCGUGCACCCCCGCGCUGCAGAGAGCUGUGGUGGUACAGUGUGAAAAUUUCCGGGCCAGUAAGGAUGUGUUCCACAGCAGUUCACUGUCAGAUAUGGUGACGACACCACUCAGCCCUGUGCAGGAUGAUGUAUUCUGGAGCAUGAGUCAAAAUGAAGAAGAGCCCCCGAAGGUUCCAGAAAGGACAACCUCUAAAUUUUACAGCAGGGAUCAGCCUGGCCAUCAGAGAUGCCUUUCAAGUAACACUCAUCAGUCAUCCCCUGGGGCACAUGCUCUGAAGCUAAACAGCAGCAGCACUCCUGGCAACAAGCAGUGGGAGAUGGGAUCCCAUCAGAGCAGCUGGUCAACCUCAGGGAAUCCAGGAGCAGCCAAGGCAGAGAACGCUUUGUCCCAGAACCACUUGCAGCUGCAUAAGAAGUCUGAAAAAGUUUCUAAUCCAGGCCAGAUUGCAAGUCCAGGCUCCUUUACCAAGGGGAAGGACGGUGCCAACGCAUUCUUAAAAGCAGCAGACUACUCCUCAUCAAGUGACGAAGUCAGCAGCAGCGAUGAAGAUGAUGUGAACCACGCCAGGCAACUGCUAAGCAGCAGAGUGGCAGAUUUCUCAAGGACGAGAGUACCAGAUGGAAUUGAACUGAAACCUCAAAGCACCAUCGCAGAACAGAAGGAUCAGAUUUUAGGGAAACAAAUUUCUAGCACCCAAGAAGGCCUCUGGAGCGUAAACAACCAGAACUAUCUCCUGCCAGAUCUCCUCCAGCAAAGCCAAAUUUCAGACUCCUCUGUGAACUCACCAAAAGUGCCACUGACUAGCCAGGAACCUCAGAACAAACCUCUGAAUAAGACCCCAUGCACUGAAAGCACACCUUCAAAGAGCAGUACAUCGUCUACUACAUCAUUUACUUCAUUCAUAGAUCCUAGACUUCUGCCAAUCACCCCUCCCACCAGUCCAGUAGGACCUUCCUGUAGUUCCUCAUCUAGCGCAAAACCUGAGCCCACCAGGAGAGAAAAUGCAAGGAAGGGCUCAGUUGUCAACGUCAACCCAACGAAUAUCCGCCCACAGAGUGACAGUCCAGAAAUUCGUAAAUACAAGAAGAAAUUCAACUCAGAGGUCCUUUGUGCUGCUUUGUGGGGAGUAAAUUUACUGGUGGGAACAGAGAAUGGAUUGUGGCUCUUGGACAGAAGUGGACAAGGAAGAGUUUAUUCGCUGAUUACAAGGAGACGAUUCCAGCAAAUGGAUGUUCUGGAAGGACUCAAUGUGCUAAUUACUAUAUCAGGGAAGAAGAAUAAGUUGAGGGUAUAUUACUUAUCAUGGCUGAGAAAUAAAAUUUUGCGCAAUGAUCCGGAGGUGGAGAAGCGGCAAGGCUGGGUGUCUGUGGGUGACCUGGAAGGCUGCGUGCACUACAAAGUUGUAAAAUAUGAGAGAAUCAAAUUCCUUGUAAUUGCUUUGAAAAACUCAGUGGAGGUUUAUGCUUGGGCUCCAAAGCCUUAUCACAAAUUCAUGGCUUUUAAGUCCUUUACCUCGCUUCAUCACAAACCACUGUCAGUCGACCUGACUGUUGAAAAUGGACAAAGAUUAAAAGUCAUAUAUGGCUCCCUAGUAGGCUUUCACGCUAUUGAUGUGGACUCUGGAUCUGUGUAUGACCUGUACCUUCCAACACACAUCCAGGGGGCUAUUCGCCCACAUGCCAUUAUCAUCCUCCCGAAUACCAGUGGAAUGGAGCUUUUACUCACCUAUGAAGACGAAGGCAUCUACAUUGAUAUAUAUGGGCAUUUCACAAAGGAGACUGUUUUACAGUGGGGAGAAAUGCCAGCAUCUGUAGCUUACCUUCAAUCCAAUCAGGUCAUGGGCUGGGGAGAGAAGGCAAUUGAACUACGCUCUGUGGAAACAGGAAAUCUGGAAGGAGUAUUUAUGCACAAGAAAGCACAGAAGCUAAAAUUUCUAUGUGAAAGAAACGACAAGGUGUUCUUUGCAUCCGUACAGUCAGGAGGCAGCAGUCAAAUAUACUUUAUGACUCUUGGUCAAAAUGUACUAUUCAACUGGUAAAUCACAUCAAAAUGAAGGAUGCUUUGAAAUUCCCUGUAGGUAGCGGUGUAAAAUGCUUGGAGGUAAUAUACACACAUUUGCAUUUUUUACCUACAAAAAUGUUGUCGUUAUUAACUUAUCAAAAUUCCUACUCUUUCAGUUUGGAAAGAAUUUCAUUUUCCUGUCAAAGUAUUUCAAACACGUUUAGUUUGUCUUCUAAAAUACUUUGCAAACCAAGAUUGUAUUCACAACGUUAGGAGAGAAUAACUUCAGUGAAGAAUGUAGCCAAUAUUAAGAAGCUCCUGUAUUCUACAGUUUCAUUUUCACAGAUGAUGUAAUGUUGUUAUCUUGAACUGAAGUCUCUUUCUUUUUUGGACAGCAACAUCUGCAAGUAGAUACAAAACCACAAAUAAGCUGGGUGACAAAUUGGAAUCUAUUUUAUUUUGAACUGAGUUUUGGAUUGGUUUGCGUUUUAAGCAAGAUGUUAACAGUUUCACCAAGAUUCACUUGGCCAAGUCUGACAAUCAGUGAAAGAGCAACUGUUCAUUAUGGGGCCUAAGGCAGAUUGGGAUGCUCGAGGGAUCGUAUCCUGCGCUAGGUAGAACAGGUGCAUUUCACUGCAGAGUUGUAAAAGCAGCUACUUCUAGACAUGUACCCCAUCUGGUAGGUUUUACAAAAUGCAGGGGCCAGACUUCAUGUUUCUCUCAGGGCUGGAUGCCUGAGCCUGUAGACACAGUUACUGUAGAAUGUAUUUGUAAAAAUAGUUUAAAUAGUACUUUGUCAAAGUCAUAUAUGCAUAAAGCAUUAUGGACCUGAACCCAAAACUUCUGUUCAAAUGCGAGACCUACGCUCAUCCGAGUUGAUUUAAAGGCACUACCCAUGUAUAUGAGGGCACAGGGUCAAACACCUUCUUUUCUUCCCUUCUUGCUCUUUCAGCAUCAGGCCUUCAUGUAUUUGUGUGUAAAUAUAAUCUUUCCACAACGGAUGUUAAGAAUAACAAAUGUAUUCUUAAUAUAGUUAUGAAAAUAUCCAAAGAGUUAAUCUAUUAUAAAUAGAAAAUAUAAUAGUUUCAGGUGCUUUCCAUGCUAAUUGCACCUAAAUAAAGCUGCAUCCACUAGU